AUGACCAAGGCACUCAGUGUAGAUCGCGAGGGUGAUCCUGUUAAUGAGAUGCUCUUCAUUGUUCGAGGCCGCCUAGACUCAUACACCACCAAUGGUGGCCGUCUUUAUUUCUUUAAUUCAUCCGUGAUUGGACUUGGUGACUUAUGUGGAGAGGAAUUGUUAACCUGGACCUUGGACCCUUGCUCAAGUGUUACCCUUCUUUAUUCAACUCGCACGGUUAUUGCCAUCACUGAAGUUAAAGCAUUUGCUUUCAUUGCAGAGGGCUUAAAGUUUGUAGCAUCUCAAUUCUGCAGGCUGAAUUGCAAAAACUUAGGUAGGUGUUUAGGUUUCAUUCUUACCAAUGGAGGAAAUGGGCUGCAUGCUUCAUUCAAGCAGCAUAGUUUCGAUAUAAAAGAAAGAAAUAGUCAUGUGAGCUUAGUAGAGUCAAGCUUGGACUGA